UUGCGCUCAAAUAUAUUUGAUGUUGCCGAACUUGAACGGCUACGUCGUGAGGCUGUUCCUUCAUCGGGUGAAAAUGCUACGGCUGAGGAUGCGGCGCCACAACUUGAAGAGCAAACGGCAAACGUGGAUGCCGCUGUGAAUACCCCAGUUGUGGUUGAUUCAAACAAUGAUGGAACAAUCACCCAGGAACUGGAACUAGAGCAAAUGAGGAGUACAUUGGAAGAGGCGUUUGUUGAAACGCGCAGUACGCCUCUCGAAAAUCGACCGCGACUUCUCCGCAUAGCCCUAAGCAAGCGGAAUCGGGCUGUCGUGAGGGCUCUGAACCCAAUGCUGGUGACCUAUUUGGAAGCCAGCCGGGAUCUUUGCGAGACGGACUCAAUUUUUUUUGGCGCCGCACUGGCAGUCUCCCAUAUUAUAGGCGCCAAACUCUCCACGGCUGGACGCGCUACUGGACAAAGUAGUGCUAUCCCAGCCUAG